CUCAGAGCCGGGGAGCAGCGCGCCGCCGCGAGCCGGACGGGGCCCGGCACUGCGCCUUUGUCCCCGGAGGCUCAGGGAAGUUUGCAGCGGGACGCGCGCGUGAAGACGGCGAGGGCAGCCCCGACGUCGCCGAGCAGCAUGGGCAGCGGGCGCAGCGCGCGGGGCCGCGGCGGGGCCGCCUCGGGCGUGCUGCUGGCUUUUGCCGCCGCGCUGCUGGCCGCGGGUUCGGCCAGCGAGUACGACUACGUGAGCUUCCAGUCGGACAUCGGCUCGUACCAGAGUGGGCGCUUCUACACCAAGCCUCCGCAGUGCGUGGACAUCCCAGUGGACCUGCGGCUGUGCCACAACGUGGGCUACAAGAAGAUGGUGCUGCCCAACCUGCUGGAGCACGAGACCAUGGCAGAGGUGAAGCAGCAGGCCAGCAGCUGGGUGCCGCUGCUCAACAAGAACUGCCACAUGGGCACCCAGGUCUUCCUCUGCUCGCUCUUCGCGCCCGUCUGUCUGGACCGGCCCAUCUACCCGUGUCGCUGGCUCUGCGAGGCCGUGCGCGACUCGUGCGAGCCGGUCAUGCAGUUCUUCGGCUUCUACUGGCCCGAGAUGCUCAAGUGUGACAAGUUCCCCGAGGGCGAUGUUUGCAUCGCCAUGACCCCGCCCAAUGCCACCGAAGCCUCGAAGCCCCAAGGUACGACAGUGUGUCCUCCGUGUGACAACGAGCUGAAAUCCGAGGCCAUCAUUGAGCAUCUCUGUGCAAGCGAGUUUGCACUGAGGAUGAAAAUCAAAGAAGUGAAGAAGGAAAAUGGCGACAAGAAGAUUGUCCCCAAGAAGAAGAAACCCCUGAAGCUGGGGCCCAUCAAGAAGAAAGAGCUGAAGCGGCUGGUGCUGUUCUUGAAGAACGGCGCCGACUGUCCCUGCCACCAGCUGGACAACCUCAGCCACCACUUUCUCAUCAUGGGCCGCAAGGUGAAGAGCCAGUACCUGCUGACAGCCAUUCACAAAUGGGACAAGAAAAACAAGGAGUUCAAAAACUUCAUGAAGAAGAUGAAGAACCACGAGUGCCCCACCUUCCAGUCUGUGUUUAAGUGAUGCUGGCGUGGACCGCGGAGGGGGCGUGGCCCGGGCCGGGGGUGGGGCUGAGCGCAUGACCCUGGCUCUUGAGGUUCACGUGCUGCUCUCGCCCAGUACAGUUGUGGCUUUUGCAUCCGCAGCUGGCCGUGUUCCCACAGCGAACUCACUCCUUUCUCUUUACAUAGCCACGUCCAGCUGAGGCCCCCGGGGGCCCUUUAGAUUAGGAAGGCUUUUUAAGGGCUGCAGCAGGGCCAGCAGUCACUGUGCAAAAAGAAGGGGGCAGAAUUCUUUCACGGAGUCUCAGGCACAAAAACAAAAAACAAAACAAAAAGAAAAAAAAAAAAAAAAAAGGA